AUGGUUCUUGAUCCAUUUGAAGGACGUCUUGCAUUCCUAGAAAUACUUAAAAAAUUAACAGCUAGUCAACAAUCUCAAAUUAAAACAGCACAAUUUGCACUUCGACAUAAAGAUUUAGAUGAGGAUCUAUAUAAUUGUGUAUUAGAAGAACUUGAACAUUCUUCUCUGAACUCAAGAGUGAAUAUUAUAUAUUUUUUAGAAACUCUCUGUGAUUAUAGCUAUAGAAAUGGAUGUAAUAGCUAUAUUUCAAUGAUACGUAAAGAUAUUGGAAAGAUAGUUAGAGCAGUAGCACCACCGGGACCUCAAGGAGCAGCAAAUGUAUCAGCAGUUAGAAAGGUUAUUGAGAAUUUAAAAAAUAAAGCGUAUAUAAAUGAUCAAGAUUUCCAUGAAAUAGAAGCAUCUUUAUCGGAAAGAGAUGACAAAAAUCCUAAUACAAUUGAAAAUAAAGCAAUUUUUUCUAAAGAAGAAAUUUUUAAAAGAAUUGAAGAAGAUAGAGAAAGACACAAAUUAUUACGAGAAAAUAUAUGGGUAAUUCCUGAAGGGGAUAUUGAUAUGAAUGUCGAAUUAGAAAAUGCAUGGGAAACUACAUCGUCCUUAGAUGAAUAUGAUUUUGAAUUUAUGGAAGAAGAAAAUAUGAAAGCAGCUAUGACAUUAUCAUAA